AUGAAGUGGCCUUUGGAUAUAGGAGCUAUUUAUAAAGUACCUUUGGAUAUAGGAGCUAUUUAUGAAGUGCCUUUGGAUAUAAGAGCUAUUUAUAAAGUGCCUUUGGAUAUAGGAGCUAUCUAUGAAGUACCUUUGGAUAUAGGAGCUAUCUAUGAAGUACCUUUGGAUAUAGGAGCUAUUUAUAAAGAAACUAUCUAUGAAGUACCUUUGGAUAUAGGAGCUAUUUAUAAAGUGCCUUUGGAUAUAGGGGAGCUAUCUAUGAGAGCUAUCUAUGAAGUACCUUUGGAUAUAGGAGCUAUUUAUAAAGUGCCUUUGGAUAUAGGAGCUAUCUAUGAAGUACCUUUGGAUAUAGGAGCUAUUUAUAAAGUGCCUUUGGAUAUAGGAGCUAUCUAUGAAGUGCCUUUGGAUAUAGGAGCGAUUUAUGAAGUACCUUUGGAUAUAGGAGCGAUUUAUAAAGUGCCUUUGGAUAUAGGAGCGAUUUAUGAAGUGCCUUUGGAUAUAGGAGCUAUCUAUGAAGUACCUUUGGAUAUAGGAGCUAUUUAUAAAGUGCCUUUGGAUAUAGGAGCUAUCUAUGAAGUACCUUUGGAUAUAGGAGCUAUUUAUAAAGUGCCUUUGGAUAUAGGAGCUAUCUUAUGA